AUGUUAACGCAGCUGAUCCUGCUGAUCCUGGCGAUUGGGAGCAGCCAGGGGUGCUACUGUGAACAUUACCCAUGGGGGUCGUGGUCUGCCUGUUCACAAACCUGCAAUUAUGGCACACAGACCAGGCACAGGCAAAUAAGAAUGGAUGAAUAUUAUAGCCAAAACUUCUGUGACCAGCUGUGCACAAAGCAGGAAUCUCGUGCAUGUAACCAGCAAACGUGUCCUAUCAACUGUCAGCUUGGAGACUUUGGCCCUUGGUCAGAAUGUGACCCAUGCGUUAAAAAACAAUUUCGUGUCCGGACACUCCUGCGACCAUCCCAGUUUGGGGGUCAGGCCUGUAGCGAGCCGCUGGUGGAUUCCCGCCCAUGCUUCCCAGCUAAGCUCUGCAACAUAGUGGAAGUUGAUUGCAAGAAUAAAUUUCAGUGUGAAAGUGGUCGCUGUAUCGCAAAAAAAUUGGAAUGUAAUGGAGAAAAUGACUGUGGGGACAACUCUGAUGAAAGAAAUUGUGGGAGGAAAAAGGCCGUGUGUAACAGGAAGUAUGACAGCAUCCCAGGUGUGCAGUUAAUGGGCAGUGGAUUUCACAUUCUGGCAGGAGAGAGCCGAGGGGAAGUCCUUGGCAACUCAUUCAAUGGAGGACAAUGCACAACAGUGAAGCGCAAUGAGACAAGGAAAUGGUAUCGUGUUCCUGCCAACCUGGAGGCUGUCAGCUUUCAGGUAAUAGAUGAAGAGGAUGAUGUAACAUCGGACUUCUACAAUGAUUUAACUCCCCUGAGUGAUAGUGCUCAUGGAAGUAGUUCAUCGACUCAUGAUGGUAAAAGAUCUUCUGGUAUCCCAUUUUUAUUCUCAAGAAAGACACGGGUUAAAGUCACAUCAUCUUCUUCCUUCAAGAAAGCCAUUGAAGCCUCGUAUGAAAAGAAUUCCAACUUUAUUAGAGUCCAUAAAGUCAUUUCUGUUGCAAACUUCACAAUGAAGCAGUCAGAUCUGCAACUCUCAGACAUCUUCCUAAAAGCACUUAACCACCUGCCCCUGGAGUACAACUACGCUUUAUACAGCAGAAUAUUUGAUGAUUUUGGUACUCAUUAUUACAACUCUGGGAAGAUGGGUGGUUCCUAUGACAUUCUUUAUCAGUACAGCUCUGAGGAAUUGAAGAACUCGGGUCUGGCAGUUGAUGAAUCAACAGAGUGUGUUCGAACAGAAACAACAAAGCGUGUGUUCUUCCGGAAGAAAAAGAAAGUCAGUACCAGAUGCACCACAAACAGGAUGACUGUGAAACAUGAAGGUUCCAUUUUAGAGUCAGCCGAACGGUCAUUCUCUCUGGUAAAAGGUGGCAUAUCAGAGUAUGCAGCAGCUCUGGCCUGGCAGAAAAAGGGGGCCUUUCCAGGACACACAGUCUUCACAAACUGGCUGGAAUCAACAAAGGACAAUCCUGUGGUGAUUGACUUUGAGGUGUCGCCCAUCGUGGAUUUGGUGAGGAACGUGCCAUGUGCCGUGACCAAACGUCGCAACCUGAGGAGAGCCCUGAGAGAAUACGUGGGCAGGUUUGACCCUUGCCAGUGUGCCCCAUGCCCCAACAACGGCAGGCCUGUCCUUUCUGGGAUGGAGUGCCUCUGCCUGUGCCAGGCUGGCACCUACGGCAAAAGCUGUGAGACACGAGCUCCGGGUUACAAAUCAGUUGCUGUAGAUGGCCGCUGGGGUUGCUGGUCUGAAUGGAGUUCUUGUGAUGCUUCCUUCAAAACAAGAAGGACCCGGGAGUGUAAUAACCCCUCCCCGAUGAACGGUGGGAAGCCCUGUGAAGGUGAACAGGAAGAAGAGGAGGACUGUUAUGUCUCUGCAUUCAGGGACAGAGGUGCUCCUUGUAUAAAUGAUGAUGAAGCCAGGAGAGAAGAGGACGUCUUGAUUGGUGAACCUGUGUCUGGAUGCUCCAGGCCAGACCCACCAGAAAAUGGUUUUAUCAGGAAUGAGAAGAACCAGUAUGCUGUUGGGGAAGAAGCUGAAAUUGCCUGUGUCAGUGGUCAUGUCCUCAGUGGCUAUCAAUUCCUUCGGUGUCUGCCAGAUCAAACCUGGACGCAGCAACCUGUUGAAUGUCAACCCUCAGUAUGCCUCAGGCCACCAACAUCUGACAGAGUCACGAUUUCCCCAUUUAAGCAGCAGUACAACGUUGGUGAAACCAUGACGCUGAGCUGCCAAGCUGGGUUUAUAGUCACGGGUCAAACAAAGUAUACCUGUGGGAAAGACCUGUCCUGGACACCUCCUAUUUUGAGAUCGAUUACAUGUGAAAAAGAUGUGCAAACUAAAAUUAGAGGUGUUUGCAAGCCAGGACAAAAGCAGGUUGGAUCUCAGUGUGUUUGUAUGUCUCCAAAAGAAGAUUGUGGCCACUACUCAGAAGACAUCUGUGUGCUACAUGCUGUUUCUGAACAGAAUGUGACCAAGCCCAGCUGUCAGUAUUCAGCUGAAAUGUGCCUCGGAGAGCAGUCAUUUCAUUUCUUGCAUGCUGGCCCUUGCCACGGUGAUUCCAACCUAGACUGGGCUAUUGAAAGAGCAAAGCUCUCUACGGAUAGCUUGAAGAAAGUGCCCUGUGGCUAUGACACCUGCUAUGACUGGGAGGAGUGUCCAGAGAAACAGACCCAGUGCUCCUGCCUGAUGCCUUACCAGUGUCCCAAAGAAGAGAGACGCCUUCACUGCAUCCGAAUGGAGUCGACAGGGAGGAGAAGGACAGUCAGUCAUUGCGUGCUGGCAGCCAUGAAGUGUGCUGGCAUCAAACUGGAGGUGCUGGAGCAGGGGAGCUGCCUGGCAUAA